AUGUCUAGCCCAAGGCGCCGCAUAGAGACAGAUGUCAUGAAGCUAAUGAGCGACUAUGAGGUCACGUUGGUUAAUGACAACAAGUUCUAUGUUCGCUUCAAGGGGCCAUCAGAGACACCCUUUGAGAACGGCGUCUGGAAAGUCCACGUCGAACUACCCGAUCAAUAUCCCUACAAAUCUCCGAGCAUUGGAUUCGUGAACCGCAUCUUCCACCCCAAUAUUGACGAGUUGUCGGGCUCCGUCUGUCUCGAUGUAAUCAACCAGACUUGGUCACCCAUGUUCGAUAUGAUCAACAUAUUCGAAGUCUUCCUGCCGCAAUUACUGCGGUAUCCCAACCCAGCAGACCCUCUGAAUGGCGAAGCUGCUGCCUUGUUGAUGCGGGAACCUAAGAGUUACGACGCUAAGGUGAAGGAAUACGUCCAAAAGUACGCAAGUAAGGACGCCGUGGACGAGGCCGGAGCCGAAAGCGAAGACGACGACGACAUGUCCUCGGUUGCCAGCUUCGGCGAUGAUGACGACGAUGAACCUGCGGGUCAGAUGGACGACGUAUAG